AUGACAUCGCAGGAGGAAGAUCUGGCCAUGGCCGUGCCAAUAAACACCGGCCCUUCAGAAACGCAGCAGCCCACCCCAGCAACUCCCGCCACACCCGGGACGUCAAGGGAAGCGAGCCCUGAAAGAAAACGCCGUAAUCGCUCCACUCUGAUGGCCCAGAAGUGUAAGAUCAGGGACAAUGACGCGUGUGUUGUCGCCAAGACGGUGGAAGGGACACAGGCUGCCCAUAUAUACCCUUUACUUGGUAAAACACCCCGAUCUAGAGAACACAGGUUCUUCUGGAAGCGCCUUUCGAUGUUCUGGUCCGCCGAGAGAAUUGAGAGGUGGGAAAGAGCCAUUUCUGGCGAUCAGGGUACCGAGACCCUGGGAAACUUGAUAUGUCUGGGGCCAAUGGCCAACUAUCUCUGGGGCCAAUGCCGAUUCGCGGUAAAGCCUAUUGAGCUUUCUACUGACCGGAAAUCUCUCAAAGUCCAGUUUUUCUGGAUGCCGGACGGAAAGUAUAUCAAACGCAGCCUCCAAGCGCGGCCAGUCGUGCCCGCGAACACAUAUAGGUCGGCCUGGGGUACGCUACUAGCUCAUGACGAGACAGAGCGGUUCAUCCGAUCGGGGGACGUGGUCACUUUCAGCACCCAGGAUCCAGACAAGUAUCCGCUGCCUUCCUUUGACCUCCUUGACAUGCAGUGGGCCCUGCACCGGGCUACUGCACUUAGCGGGGUGGCCGAUGCUACCGACGAGGACCUAGACCCGGAUGGUGGCCUGGGAUGA